AAUAUGUAAAAGAAAGUUCUUUCAAAAAAUAAAAAACAGUAAUAUAUAGUAGCAGCAGUCAUAGAUAUGGUUUUUGGUUCUAAAAUUAGCCAAACUGGAAACUACCCUCAAAACAAUCUCUUUUUAAAGCUCAAACCUUACCCCUCUCUAAUACUACCCGGCCUUCAAAAAUAUGGAGUUCCCGGCAAACCUUAAACCCGACGAAGCGAGCCCCGAAUGGAUGAACAAAGCCGACAACGCAUGGCAACUCACAGCCGCUACCCUCGUCGGAAUCCAGAGCAUUCCGGGUCUGGUCAUCAUCUACGGAAGCAUGGUGAAGAAGAAAUGGGCGGUCAACUCUGCGUUCAUGGCUUUCUACGCUUUUGCAGCCGUUAUGGUAUGUUGGGUCGGUUGGGGUUACCGCAUGUCCUUCGGAGAGAAAGCGGUUUUCUUCUUGGGCAAGCCUGCUGUGGCGUUGGACGAGAAGUAUCUUCUGGGUCAGGCUUUUCUGGGGCUCUUUCCGACGGCUACGAUGGUUUUCUUUCAAGGGGUGUUUGCAGGGUUAACGUUGAUUCUAAUAGCGGGUGGUCUGCUGGGGAGAAUGAAUUUUCGUGCGUGGAUACUGUUUGUGCCGCUGUGGCUGACCUUGUCGUAUACUGUGACUGCAUUUAGUAUAUGGUGUCCGGAUGGUUGGUUGUCAAAGCUUGGUGUUAUUGAUUAUUCCGGUGGUUAUGUUAUUCAUCUCUCUUCUGGUGUUGCUGGUUUCACUGCUGCUUAUUGGGUGGGACCAAGAACAGACAAAGACAGAGAGAGCUUUCCGCCAAAUAACAUCAUUCUGAUGCUUGCAGGCGCAGGCCUGCUUUGGAUGGGGUGGACGGGAUUCAACGGUGGAGAUCCAUACGUGGCAAGUGUGGAUGCAUCACUGGCCGUACUUAACACGCACGUUUGCGCUUCAACGAGCUUGAUCACGUGGGUCAUCCUUGACACUUUCUUCAUUGGGAAGCCCUCUGUGAUUGGUUCCGUACAGGGCAUGAUCACGGGCUUGGUUUGCAUCACUCCCGCCGCAGGUAUACAUUCAUUUACCAAAAUGACCCCUCUAUUUAUUUAA